UGGCAUUGCCCAACUACGAAGCAUCGUCAUCGAUAUGCCCAGAGAAGCCCUCGAAAACCCUACGCAGGAGUGGUACUAUGACUUUGCCUCAGGGUAUACCGAUCAGCAGCACGACGGAAAAGUCCAUCCACUGUAUAGCGAUCGCUUCGUGGAGGACUCUGUCAUCGUUACCAUGCAUCCAAUCUUGUCCAUGUUCUUCAGCAAGGUGACCAUAUUCUUCUCGACUAACAGCUCAACCGCAAACUCGUGGAGUGUUUAUGCGCGAGGUGUGCAUGCUGCCGUGACUCUCAAUAUCCUAAUCGAGAGGAUGCAAGAAGAGGGCGCAAGCAUUGUUCCGAAGACUCCCAGUGAGCGUCUGGCAGAUAUUAGAUUCCGGCCUCUGAACACGAAAAGUAUGGCGGUGGCAUGGGGAACACGCUGUAGGGAAAAGACGAUGUACACCGGAACUGGUCAUACUCUCCAUUACAAUGCGGAGCCUUGCGAGUGCUAUUUCGGGGGUGGCUCACGAUGCUUUCUGUACGAUGUUAAGACAGGCAUAAGUCCAGCAAAUGGAGAAAUUGGCUACCAUAAUGAAGGGAGCUGGAAGUUUGGCAAAGCAGGCGCAGUCAGUCAUUUGUGGUCCAAUGCCAGAUGCCCAUGGCACGCAGAUUUGUAUGUGACUCGUGCUGGGCUCGGGGAGCUCGUUAGUCAUGACGGGGAAUAAAGCUCCGUUGAGUAGGCAACACGUCGGGACCUCUGAUAAAGAGUGAAGAUGCUAUGGAACGGUGGUGGGCAUAGACGAAUUUCUUGGGUGAUAUAGUCGAGCAUUAAGAUAAAUUAUUCAAUACUAGAUUAUUGAUCAAAACUCCAGGUUCGACCAUACUCUUUGGAAUUUCCAAGUGAGUGGCAAAAAGCAUUAAUAGCUGGGGUCCGCAACUAAGGUUUCAAAACGCAUGCAUGUAGACAGACUUGCCACUGGGCAGUUUGUCUACAGGUGUCGG